AAGCCACCUACCUCAGCGCCGAGCUUGCCUUUUCGGUCCCGGAGGCUCCGGCGUCCACUUGUUAACACAGUCGACGGAACGACGGAGAGAGACAGAGAGCGAGCGACCGAGCGAGAGGGGAAGGACGCAGAAUGGCGGCCGUGCCGUGCUCCAAAUGCACGGCAGAAAGAAAGGGCUUUCGGCGGGAACUUGACUCUUGGCGAUACAAGCUGAUACACUGCGUCGGAUUUGAAAGCAUCCUGGAGGGAAUAUAUGGUUGUAUGCUGACAAGAGACCUUAACUUAUUUGAUGACUGUGAACCCAAAGAGGUGGCUGACUGGUCUCCGGAGGCAAACUGCUCCCACUGCUCAUUCUGCAGCCUUCCUCUGGAUAAACUCGGUGAUCUUGCACCUGCAACCACCUCACCCCUCCCCUCACCCUCGGUUUUCUCUCUAUGUCAAGUUCCAACCAUCUCUGAGAGCAGCCAGACAGCUCACAAGUUCCUUCAAGCUGUGUUCCACAAGAAAGACGCGUCUCUACGCUGUGAUGCCAACAUUCCUCGGAUUGCCCAGGAGCUGAUGAAGAAGAUGAUACACCAGUUCGCCAUGGAGUAUGCGUCCAAGUGCCUACUCCACACCACUUCGAUGGAUAUUACAAUAAGAACAUCUUCGCCUUUUUCUUCUGAAACAUCAGAUGUCCCCUUGGACCUAACCGUAAGCCGAACUCCGGAGGAGACGGAAAGGGAAUCUGAUACAGCAGAUGGUGUGCUUGACCUCUCCAAAAAGAGCGGCGUCAGCUCAACGGCUUCAUCAACAUUGUCAUCGAAUGUCAAAGCCUCAGGCUGCCCACCUCCUUCAGAUAAAGAAGAAUUGGGAAAUAUAGAAAAGGGGACACAUCACCAGCAAUCUGCGCUGGAUGUUGUCCUUAGCUCUCUCUGCCCAGCACAUCGUUCCUUACUCUACCAGAUGCUAAAGUUGGCACACAAGGAAAAAUUGCUCUCCUCCCCUGCCCACAAACCUGUUUUUCCAACAGAAGCUCACUGCUGUCAUUGUGGAUUGUAUGCAGAUGAUAAUGUUAUCCUUCAUAAGUGUAGCGCUCGUAACAGCAGUUCAUUAUACCCUUCGUCUGAUUGUGGUCAUCAAGGCUGCGGAAGCACAACGUGCCAUCCCAGAGACUUGCCUCUAAAAGGUUGUAAAGGUGUAGCUCCCUUGGACCUUAACAACCACUGUAUGCAAAGUUGUAGGAUGGACACUUACACUCUGAUUUGCCCCAAGAGGCUCCACUGUACGUCUAGUCAAGGUCUGCCUGCAGAUCAAAUCAAGAACAUAAUGUGUUCCUUUGGUCCUUGCACAUCAAUCUGCUGUAAGCAACAUCCGCACCCUUAUUUAUGUGUUACAAAUCACACCUGUGUGACCCAGCUUAAGAACGCAACAGGAGAUUGUGAGCCUCCUCCUCCUGUCCUGAAAAGAGAACAGAGCCCUUCUCCUCCACCGCUUUCGCCAAUCCUCUCAGAUAUUCAUAAAUUAACUGAUGAAAUGCCACCUUCCCUGCUUCACCAUAAGCAAGAGGAAGAAGCUGCCCGCAUGGUUAAAGAUCUUCCAAGUAUGCACCAGGAGGUAAUUGUAGAUGCAGCAAAAAGAGAGGCACUUGAGUCUUGGACUCCAAGAAGUAGUCUAGCUGAGAAGAACCAAAGUGGGACUUUACUGCAAGAUGUUGUGAACCGCUUUAGUGAGAAACUUGAUACCAUCAGACCUUCAGAGAAAGAUCCAGCUCUGGCCUCUUCGGCCGUUGUUUCUGAACAGGAGCAGCUACAGUCCUUAACCAGCCAAAACCUGCAAUUUCCUGCUGAUGCCCAUCUGACUGAAAUUAUCACCACUGUGCUUCAUACACGCAGUCCCAGUGACUAUAACCUCAGUGAGCUGUUUAAUCGACAUGAUAGCAAAGAGUCCAGGUUGCCUAAUACACGCUUCCGUCGUCGCCAGGAAGUGCUUGCUGCAAUGGCGAGAAAGGCUGAUGGUGCUACAACCCGAAGGCAAAGUUUGAAAAUUAAACGAGAGCUUGCAAUGUUUGAUGCGUCAUACAAUAGAAGAAAGUCAUCACAUGCAAAGAGAUCACAAUUAAACGAUGCUAAUGGUGCUGUAAAUACAUCUAGCACUUUGUUUGACUUAAACAUAAUGCCAGAAGAGGAAAGAGAAACUGAGUUGAAUACGGACUAUCAAAGCGUUAACGGGGUACCACUCAGUAUCACUCCCGCAAGUAACAGAAAUGAUGAAACGGGGGGGGGGGAGGAAAGGGAAAAAGACCUGAGCCAAGCAAUGUCCCAUGAUUUGCAAAGCAAAUUUUGUAACCAUUGUUCUCAAGAUACAAAUGAACUGCCACAGGUGAAGACUCAGUGUGACAGACGUUGCCAAAAGGACAAGGUUAGUGCAAAUUGUGAUGCCAUGAUUCUUGAAUAUGCCCCGUCAGGUCAACGCUGUGGCACUCCUGAGUGUGAUUAUGGGUCAGUUGAAAAUCAAAGACAAACUAUCAUUACAGACUGUCAUCCAGGUCAAGAAAACCAGAGCAUUGAGUCAAGGAGGUCACGGAGAAACAUUGUCCCUCCACAAAGAUUCUCCUCUUACGUCACAGAAACCAGGAAGAUGUUCUUUGCAGCUUGUUUCUCUGAAAGUAUAUUUAACCAGAGAACUCCUAAUACAAAUGCCGUCACGUCUACCACCUCAGAUGCCUUAUUUCAAAAUGUAGAUGUUGAGAAUGCUCAGUUUGAAUCAAAAACCAAUUCGUCUGAUCUCCCAGACACCUUUGCAUUAACCAGUAGAGAAGGACACAGUUCAUUUCAUACAGAAUCAAAAGAGCAAAACCAGGAUGUGCAACAAACUCUAGCAGUCAAAGAGACUGUGUGCACUUUCAAACCUUCGGAAGAAACACGGCCAUAUCCAAAAAGACCAUCAUUCUUGAACACUGCGUCAAGAAGGCUCCAAUACCCAAAUGUCAGGGUUAUGACCAGGUCUGCUACCUGUGCUAAGAAUACUUGUACCUCUCUAUUCCAGUACACAAGCCCAAUUAAGUUAAUGUUUGUAUCACCAUUAAAAGAAGGUGUCAUAUAUAGUCUUAAAUCAGCAAGGUCUGGCUCAAAUGCACAAGCAGAGGAACUUUUUGACCCAUGCAAAGAGUCCUCAUGGGGAGGGACACCUGAGAAGAAGCGAAUCCAGAUCACUGAAUGUGCCGUGCCACUUAUCAGGCCUAAUUGCAAAUCCACUACCUCAUUUGAUAAAUCUUCACGGUACAUAAAGUCUUCUCCUUCACAUAGACUAAAGUCUGGUUCUUCACCAACCAAGCCACCUUUAACACCAAAGUCUGGUUCUUCACCUGCCACGGUUUUCUCAUCACUUACGUCAGGUUCUUCAUCAGCUGAGUCAGCUCCUGCUCCAUUUAAGUCGGGUUCUUCACCAGCUAAGUCCCCUUCCUCAUCACCCAAGUCAUCUCGAAAAUCCACUUCUUCGCCCAAGUCUUCAUCCCCCAAAAUAGCCUCUAAGAGAUCAGGUGAAGUUACUCCACCUAAGAAUCCAUUCGGAACGGAGAAUCAAAGAUCACCUGGGGACUUGGAGUCAUUCCAUGAAAUCACUCCCCUGAAAAGACGCCCAGGCCGGCCAAAGAAGCUGGGGCCACAUCUGGAGCAAAAAGUGAAGAGACCAAUUGGUCGACCACGUAAACAGAAGCCUGAGCAUGCAGCAACAGGGACAAGCAUGGCAAAUGUACCAACAGACAUGGAGGAGAAAGUCAACAAGAACCUCAAAAUAACUGUAGUCUACGGCCGUUCAAGAAGAAACAAACGAAUGGUAUCGGAGAGCUUUGAUCAGCUCCAAACAGAGUUUAGAGAUGCCUGUCGAGCAGUAGGUCUUAAAAACGACCUGAAUGUAACACAAAACCAUAAAAUCAAUUUAGGUCAUCCCAAAAUGGAUUCACCAGAAUUCCCUGAGGGUUUACAUUAUGCCAACCCUAUAAAAGAGGCCGCACUCCACCCUAGCAGUAAGAUCAAAUGCCAGAAAAGCGAGAAUGUGUUACCCUCAAGGAAACCAGGUAGACCAGCAAAAGUUAAAAUCUCUGGAAUCUCAGUCACUGUGACCACAGUGUCACCAAAGCAACGUAAAAUUUUGAUUGAGAAGGACUCUCCCAAAAGAAAAAUGAACAAGAAAGCACUCCUGCCACAAUUUCAACAUGCCAAAGAGCCCAGAACAGUUAGUUGUCCCUCUGUUUGUGAAAACCUGCAACCAGAGGAACAAAAAGAAUCCCAGAGUAAAAACAGUAAAGUGCAAAAUCAGCCUUUAGCUGUACGUCAUUCAAAGAGAGUGAGUAAGCCCUCAGUGUAUUUUUUGCAUGCCGUUGCCACCUCCAGAACUCCAACAUACAGUCACAGUAAUGCGCUCUUACGACGCUCCAAACAACUUCUGCUGAACAAGGCCUGCAAUCAAAGAAAACAAGAAAAACAGAACAGGAUAGAACAUUCGGUCUUGAAAAGGCACUGUUGUGAACAGGAGAGCGAGAACAUCUCUCAGGAUCUCACUCGAAUAGCAGGUAUUUCUUUAGACUCAAGAUUUGCUCCAAAAGAGACACUCUGUUGGUGGGCAGCAUCGGCUGAAGAAAAGACCUUGAACCAAGAGUUUGCCAGACGCAUUCAGCUCAUCUCUGACACCUGGGUCUCGGACACUGUGGAGAACCGGAGGGUAGACCUCCAAUUCCAAGUAAACACUGGAAGUAGUUCAUCGUUCACCAAGUCCAAACAUUCUUCAGUAAUUCAAACAUUGUUCAGCUGCCCCCCUACUAAACCCAGAUCCUGUAGCAUGCAGCAACUCAGCUCCUGGUUUAUGGAGACAACAGAGACACAGUCACUGGCUAUUGUCAAGAAGACAAGCUCUCGCAAUCAUUAUGAAGUUAUGCACUUCCCUCGCUCUGUCAACAAACAAGGUGGCAAGUGCCAAAGUCCUCAGGCAGAACGACUUCGCAGACAUCUCAAGAAGUUUGCCAAAACUUUGCCAAAGAGCCCCCUCCAACAUGAAAAAGCCCAAAAAAGGUUGAUGGUAAUUAAGGAAGCUCCAUCAAUCCAAAACAUUAGGCAACAACUCCUCGUUCACAAGAAUGUAAGGGGUAGCCUCCACCAAGGAACUACAUGGAGGCGCCCCUUAAGCAAAUACAAGGCCACACUACUCCGGGUGAGGAGACUCUUCCAAACCCUAAAAGAAAGGAAGUGGGCAAAUGUAAGAAACACCCAAGUAACCGCAUGUAGGCCAGAAAUGUUAAUUGGACUUAAACCAAAACGGAAAGCUUUGAAACUGUUUAAAGAGGAGUUGUCUGAAGGUUCGAAGAUUAGUUCUUUAGCCCAAUCCGAGGAGCCUGUGGGUACACCAAAAGAGCAAAACAUCUGCUCCAAAGCCUGGAGUCCUGAGACCAUUAAGGAAUGCCGGGUAUUUUUGAAAAAGAUUAACUCCCCAGACAACAAAUCAGCCCAAGAGUGGGACUCCUGUACCGUGACACUGGAUGAUAAGUCAGCCUCUGCAUUUGUGUUUGCUGGAAAGAAGAGGCAACUGGUUGGAGUUGUUCAAGCUGUGAAAAGAAAACGGUGCACAAAUGGCAUGGCUGCGUCUACAAAACCGACCGAUUCGGCACGUAAAUCACUCCAGAAGCUGGAUGAAAUGCCUUUGGGGAGGCAGAAGGGCAAAUGUCCUGGCCUUGUGUCUGCUGAACCACCACCUGCAAAAAAGCUACGACAAUCGCGGAUGAAGGGCUUAAGUGGACCAAGGUGGUGUGACUUUGUGCUGGGAAGCUAGAUGACGCAGAAGGCCUCCAUCCUUCGUGGGAAAUGGACUGUGGUGUUUUGUGGUGCCUUUGGACACUGAGCUGACCGUGUGG